AUGCUCAGGGUUGGCUGGGGACCCGUUCGCCGAAUAUGUGAGCAUCUCAUAAACGGAUUCUGCUCUUGCCCACUAACUGAGGACGUUUCCAGGACCGUCUUUGCACUCAUGAUCAUCAACAAGGCAGGUGGCCUCAUCUUCAACCGGACAUUCCAAGAGGGCGGGCUGAACCAGCUCAGCUCAAACGACUACCUGGUCAUAGCAGGAACCUUCCACGGUGUCCACGCCAUCACAUCCCGCCUCAACCCCGUCAAGCAGCCCCCGCUGCCUCCGUCUGCAAACGGGAUCCCCACCCGGCCAGAGCCUCCGUCUGGGCUCGAGGUCAUGGAGACGGAGAACUUCCGCCUACAGUGCUUCAACACCAUGACGGGCACCAAGUUCCUCUUGUACACUGACAACACCCAGGCGAACGUGGAUGUGACCACGAGGCGGAUCUACGAGCUGUAUUCCGACUACGUCAUGAAGAACCCUUUCUACCAGCUGGAGAUGCCCAUUCGCUGUGAGAUGUUUGACCGGAAACUGAACUCCUAUAUCAGAGAGAUCAACAACCGGUAA